UUGCCGUGCAGCUCCAAUUUCAUCAGAAAAAUAAAUCCGAAAAAUUAAAUUACAGUAAUAUGGAAGUGAGUAGUGAAUAUCGACUAUCGAGUUCUAUGAAGAAAUAAUCAGAUAUUCAAAAUUAAUCGAUUGAUUUCGAAGAACCAAUUUUACUUCUCACUGUCAAUCACCAUUCGCAUUAGCGAGGAAUUAUGAAAUUAGGGUUUAUGGAUUUCGAUUAUUAUUAACUUGCUUCACAUGGAAUACAAAUGUAGGAAAAAUGUAGAUAUCUAUAGAAACAACGAGAGAACAACGAAGAGGAAAGAGAUUUUAGAGAAGAAGAGAAUUGUAAAUGGGUUGAUCAAAGCAGCUUCUUCCCUGAAAGACCCUCUUGCUUCUUUUCCUGAAUUCCUCCAUUAUAAUCAACAAGGUCUCUGUUUAUGCUUGGAGGGAGGACGUGGGACCAAGUUAUCUCGAUCCUUGAAGCAGUAUGCUCAGAAAUUGGUAAAGCAAAACAUGGAGCAAUAUUAUGGAACUGAAUGGGCCAAAGAAGAAAAGGUGAAAUGUAGAGAAAUGGUUGCUCCAGAGGCACGUUACAUUUUUGUUUAUGAAGUUCCAACUGUGCUUAGCAAUACUAAGAAGAGAUUGAUGCCUACAAAUGAGCACAAAGGUGAUGUUGUUGGAUUUGUGCACUAUCGUUUUAUAAUGGAGGAGGAGCUUCCAGUUCUCUAUGUAUAUGAGUUGCAACUUGAGCAACGCAUACAAGGCAAAGGACUUGGGAAGCUAUUGAUGCAACUUCUAGAGCUUAUUGCUCAUAAGAAUUGUAUGGCUACUUUAAUGCUUACAGUUCAAAAGGCAAACUUGUCAGCUAUGUUUUUCUACACUAGUAAACUAGGGUAUUGUAUAUCACGUAUUUCCCCAUCAAGAGUUGAUCCAGUGGUAGGAUUGGGAAAGAGUUAUGAGAUCCUUUGUAAAGCAUUUGAUCAGGAAGCUAAAAACAAAUUGGAGUAAUCUGAUAUGGAUACUUGAUAUUUCUUAGCAAGAGAGGCGGCAGUGAUACUUGCUAGCAAGCAAGUGCAUGGUCAUAAACUUGAAUUGAAGGUUUGAAGCUUCAGAUGUUGAGCCACUUGUUCCAAUGAAUCGAGUAAUUAUUGUGAUUGGGGAUCAUACUCGAUUACUCGGUUUUGAAUGAUCGUACAAAAAGGGAUAGUAGUCAUUCCUAUACUUAUGCUGUAUAUCCUUUAUAACCUGUUAUAAUCAUAUUGAUUUCUCUGUAGUCUAUUGCUGCACAGGUAAUUAAGGUUAAUGUCAUUUUCAAAUUAUAAUUAGUGAUAAUGGAAUUAUGAAUUAUGUGUUCUCAUGCUAUUGGAUACAACGUUGUUUGAAGGUACGUGGCGUAUACUGUUUUGGUUAUGGUAUUAACAAGGCUUGUUGUGUUUGAA